CUCCAUCUGUAACAACAGCCACCAACUUUUCAAAAAUCUGCAACUGCCUCAACUACACUGAAAAUAUCUGGACCCUUUGUUAUGUGUAAUGAGGUUACCUUUUUCAGUUCUUCGUGCAGAUGAAAAUCACUAUUAACCCAAGAAGUGCACAGCCCCUCCCUCUAACACAGGAGUGGGCAAACUUUUGGAUUGAGGGCCACAUCAGGGUUUCAAAACUAUGGAGGGCUGGGUAGGGAAGGCUGUGCAUCCCCAAACAGCCUGGCCCUCGAUCUCCAUCUGCCCUCAACUGCCCCCCUCAGAACCCACCACCGAUCCAACCCCCCCAAUCCUUGUCCCCUAACUGCCCCCCUGGGGCCCUACCCCUUAUCCAACCCCCUGACCCCUAACCACACUCUGCCCCCUGACAGGCCCCCUGACACUCCCAUGCCUAUCCAACACCCCUGUUCCCUGACUGCCCCGCCCCCAAAAUCUCUACCCCAUCCAACUGCCCUCUGGGACACCCUGCCCCUUAUCCAACCUCCCCGUCCCCUUAACAUGCUGCCCAGAGCAGCAUGUCUGGCAGCUGCACCGCCCAAAGCCAGUCACGCUGCCCUGCUGCCCAGAGCGCUGGCGGCGCAGUGAGUUGAGGCUAUAGGGGAGUGGGGACAGUGAGGGCUGAGGCCCCACUGAAAGAGGAAGGGUUGGGGUCAGGGCUCCUGCUUGUGUCCCACUUUUGCCUUUUGAAAAGGUGGUAACCCUAUUCCCAUUUCCCAAGCAUUGAACAGCACUACUGAUAUGGUGCCUAAUGAGACUGACCUCCUUUACAAAGUGCUUUAAGGCAGCUGUUGUCAAACUGUGGUCCACAGACCAUUCCCUCUAAGGUGCGUGCCUGGGUGGCUGCACAGAGAGAACGAAGGGCCACCCACCUAAUUAGUGGAGCGGCGCAGGCAUGCCUUCACUAAUCAGGUGCCUGGACCCUGGAGAAGACGCACAUGUAAGGUGAGGUGGUGGCCUUGGGGGAAAUAGGGGGUAGGUGAGAGGGGGCAGUGGGUGAGAAGAGGGACUGGGGGGAAUUUGGGACGUGCAGGGCUGGGGCAGCCAGAGAAAGAGGCGACUUUCCCCAGCUCUGGGGCUGUGGCUGCUGUGGAGAGACCCUCCUCCUUCCCAACCCCAGCUCGGGGGCGGCCGCGGCAGGGGAGAAAGGGCACAUCCGUCGCACUAGAAAGGUAAGAGUACGGCUAUUAAAAUAUCAGUUGUGUGCUUUUAUUUGUAGAACAACAAAAAAAAUGCUUAUUAAGGUUUUUUUAUCUAGAGCUUUUAUCCAAAGCGCUUUACAAUAGUGGGUUAAGGGUACACGCAUUUAGAAAGGCCCUUAAGGGGUCCGCCGAGACCCGCAGCAAUUUUCAAGUGGUCCGUGGGGCGGGGGGGAGUUCGAGACCCACCGCUUUAGGGGAUGACAAGGGGCAAGAGCGAGGCCCGAGGGUCAACACCUGCCUUCCCGCUUCCGGUCGGCUCGGGGACCUCUCCGGGAAAGCCGAGGCUCGCUCCCAGUGGGCAUCCGAAGGUGAUCACGUGGACCACGCGCGCGCGCGCACACAGAGUGAUUGUGACGCAACUAAACGCCAGUGAGGGGGGGCGUACAAUGACCUGGCCGGCGCUGCGGGGAGACGCCGCUCUAGCGUUGCACGCGCUGGGGUCGGUAGCUCCUGUUUUCAGUUCCCUGGCGGCUCAGCGGAACUGGGGGGGCCGCUCCGCGCCGCCUCUAGACUCUCCCUGGCCGCGGCUCUUGGCGCUCCCGGCCGGCUCGGGACACAGCGGGCGGGGGCAGAAACGGUCCGGACGCCGCAGCUUCGGCCGCUGACGCUUUGUCUCUGGUGUCCUGGCGGUUGGCGGCCACGCCCGCCCCUCAUGUUUUGCGCACGUGAUCAACGGGGCUCCUUUUCCCAUUGGCGCUGGGCCGGCGACGUCAUCAAUCCCGUCCGGAAGGCGGAAGUGAAGAGGUGGCUUCCGGCGGGGCGUCGCUCACAGCCCGGGCGGUGCUUGGCUGCGGUUGGGGUCGUUGCGGGAGGAGGAGCCGGCAGGUGGGUCCGUUGCGAUUCUGUCAGAGGAUUGGAAAGAACCAUGGUGUGCAUUCCUUGUAUUGUCAUUCCAGUUCUGCUCUGGGUCUAUAAGAAAUUCCUUGAGCCAUAUGUCUACCCUAUAAUUUCACCUUUCAUUAAGCGCAUAUGGCCUGGGAAAGCUGUGCAGGGAACACUGGCCACCAAACAAGGCCAAGGAGACAGUACUGGAACUAUUCUGGGGACUUCAACCACAAACCUAGGCCCAACAGAUGAUUCUGGAAUGUAUAAGAUUGAAAGCAAUGGGGUCGCAAAUGGAUUCACUACGGAGGGAUCAACGGAAGUUUCUGACAAGAAGACUGAUUAAAGGAACUUGUUCGUUAGGAGCUUCUCAUUGCUGCACAAUGUGAACUGGUGAUAUUGUUCCCUCUUCGAGAUUUGGUGGCCCUUCUACCUGAAAGGAAGCAUGAGUUGUUUGUAGCAGAGGGUUUCCUCUGCCACUGAAAUGUGUGAAUUUAGCAGCUUUCUCUUUAAGAUGUUUGAGAAGUUGUUUUAAACUAUUCUUAUUCCUUACUACAUUUUCCUCACUGAAAUUCUCUGCAUCUCUAAUGCAGUUCAGAUGAUAUGGUUAGAUAUCCUAGAUUAAUUUAUUUUUAUCAAUAAAUGAAGCUUUACAUGGUAAAUGUGUCAAAUUCUUAUAGUUGUCUUGUAAUUCAUCUAAAAUCUAUGUAUUUUACAACAGUUCCUGAAACUCAAACUUCAUUGUAGCUCAUUACUCUGCUCUCAGAGCCGCAUGCAAAAGGUUAGGGUUUCAUCCAGUAUAGUUUGAUGGAGUAACGUGCAAUCUCUUGCUUUAAGAGCUAUAACUCUCCCCAUCCCUGCUAAACAUGUUAUGGAUUGUACUGAGGACACCAGCAUGUUUCUUGGCAAUGCUCUGAAGAAAAUUUAUAAAAGAGAUCUCCACCUGGUAACCAAUAAGCUAGAAUAGGUGCAGUAUUUACAGGAUAUAUUUAGUUUAUUGGAAGCAGAAAGCAAGCCCGGAGGAAUGGCAGGGACAUAGCAUGAGAGAAUUACUACUUUGUGUGCAAGCUGCUGUAGUUAAGAUGGUAGAUGUCAGAAUUGUAAAAUUCAGAAUGAGUCCAGAAAAAUCUGGUUAACCUGCUUGUGUAACUUAACUAAAACAAACUGGCAUUUUAUUAAAACAUUUGUUUCUUAUAAAAA